AUGCUGGAGUGCAAGCCAAUUGCAACUCCAAUUGAACCAAAUGCCAAGAUGUGUGCACAUGAAGGAAAAGAUUUAGAAGAUGUGACGAUGUAUCGGCAAUUGGUAAGUAGUCUAAUUUAUAUAACUCAGACUAGGCCUGAUAUUUCUUUUGCAGUUGGUGUAAUGAAUCGCUACAUGCACAAGCCAAAGAAGCAACAUAUGGAGGUUGUUCGGCGAAUUCUAAGAUAUGUGAAAAGUACAAUUGGUUAUGGACUUGUGUUUAAGAAAGGUGAAGAAUGCAAGUUGGUUGGUUACUAUGACUCGGACUAUGCACGAGACCAUGACACUCGUCGUUCAACUACUGGCUUCACGUUUAAGCUUGGAGCUGGAGCAAUUUCUUGGUGCAGCAAAAGGCAGCCAAUAGUGUCGUUAUCAACAACAGAAGCAGAAUAUCGGGCACCAGCAGUCGCAGAUUAA